AUGAAGCUUUCAAUAUUUUUGCUUUUUUGCUUAUUUUUUAUACUUGAACUUGUUAAUUCAACAAAAAGAAAUUAUGGAAAGGAUGGACAAAAUAAUUUCAAUCCUUCACGAUUCCGUGAUGUCGAAACAGGCGAAACAGAAACUAGUGGUCCUGUAGGCACUGGAACAGGAAGCAUACCCUCAAAUACUGAAGAAUACACUCAAGAAGUGAAUCCUUCUGGCCUAGAAACUUUUCAAUCUUUGUCAAAUUUUAAUCAAGAUUUAGGCAAUCAUCCGUUAUUAUUUUCACCUCAACAUCAACAAAUGAAUGUUGGAGGACAAGUGUUAAUGGAAACCCAAGGUGGUUAUUCUGCCAAAUGUGAAUGGAAUGGAUGUGGAAGAGUUUUUUCUAAUAAAAAUGAUUUUGUCGAUCAUGUUAAAGGACAUACAAAAAAUCAAAAGGUCAUUGAAUAUUAG